GAUAUCGUCGACGUGGCGUGGAAAGAGGAGGUCCAGGAAGAUCAGGUCGUCAUCAAGGAGGGCGACCUCGAAGCUGAUUUCUUCUACAUUGUACAGGAAGGAACCUUCGAGGUCACUGUCGAAGACGAGGCCAAAGGAAAGCUGAGCAGCAAGGUUGGCAGCAUCUCGAAGGGCGGAAGCUUCGGUGAGCUUGCACUGCUCUACUUGACUCCCCGGGCGGCAACCGUGACUGCAAAGGCGCCUGGUACUCUGUGGGUGAUCGACCGAAUCAGCUUCAAGACCAUCUUGAUGAAAGUGUCUGACGACAAGAUCUCUGAGUACAUGAUGUAUCUCGAUCGGGUGAGUAUCCUCGAGGCGUUGCUAUCAGAAGAGAAGAGAGCGCUCGCCCAAGCAUUGGUGGAGAUGCAUUUCGCCAAAGGCGAAGUUAUCUUGCAGCAAGGGGAGCCGGGCAGCACAUUCUACAUUCUUUAUGAUGGCGAAGGAUCCGAAGGUAGUGGUGUCAGCAUUGCGGGUUGUUCCAAUCAGACCAGACCCUCCGUGCCAUGGGCCAUCCUUCCCACCAUGGGGCUGCUGACUGUCCCGGUCAACGAGGAGAUCAUGGGCCAAGCCACCUGGCAAGCCGUGCUGCAGCACGCACUUCGGCGCCACGAGGUCAUGGACGAAAUCAAUGCGGUCACGUCCCUGCAUCGAGCCGCAAAGCUUUAUCGCGAGGAAGAUGCUGGCCGAACCUCGUUGGACAUGGUUCAUCGCCACGCCGGCUUCUUGUGCUUGCUCGAUCUCACAGAGCACUUCGCCGCAAAAUGCCGACCACAGCAAAUUGCCAAUGCACUUUGGGCCUUCGCUGUAUUGCUCUUCCGGCAAGAGCGGAUCCUUGGCCUACUCUGCAGGUACGCAGCGGCAAGGCUUGCCAUGUUCUUGCCGCAGAACGUCUCCAACUCUGUGUGGGCACUAGGCACUGUCGGAUAUCCGCACGACGAGCUGCUGGAUCUGGUUCCAGAGCACGUAGCAGCAAACAUCCGGGACUACAGCCCCCAAGAUUUGUCUAACACCUGCUGGGCCUUUGCGCGCCUGCAGAAGCCCUGUGAUGCAAUUUUUCGUGCGAUUCUAGCUGAGUCGUUGGUCCAGCUCUGGAGAUUCCAGCCACAGAACAUGUCCAACUUGAUCUGGGCCUGUGCGACUGUUCUGUACAAGGAUGAGGCUGCAAUGCGGACCAUUGCCAGCUUCGCAGCGACUCAGGCAGCUGAGUUUGGUACCCAGGAGCUCUCAAACUUCACCUGGGGCCUGGCUACACUGGCCAUUCUAUGUGAGGAUUGGAUGGAGGAGAGUGGUGGAGAAAUGACAAAACGAUCAAGAGAUUGCGUUCCACAGGACCUCUCGAACACUUUGUGGGCAUACGGCACGCUGAAGCACAAGCGGAACGAGCACAUGCGAGCAAUCAACUGGGAGGUGAUGCGCCAGAUUGAAUGGUUCUCCCCCCAAGGGUUGUCCAAUGUGAUAUGGGGCCUGUCCGCCAUCGAGUACCGAGACAUCAAAGCUUUAGCAUGUAUCAGCGAAGAGAUCAUACGUCGCCCCAUGGACCAUCUGACACCGCCGGACAUCUCCACGUUGCUGUACAGCUUUGCUGUGCUCGCAUGGUCCCACGAAGAUGCAUUGCUGAAGCUGCGACGAGCCGUGCGAUUGAAGAUUACCCAGUUUGCCUCCCGGGACGUGGCCAAUGUUUCCUGGGCCAUGGUCACCUUAUCUCAUCGGGACGACAACAUAUUCCGCAUGCUGAUGGAGAAAGCAGAGGUGAUGAUUCCAGAGUUCACAAUCACAGGUCUGUGUAACAUUGCCUGGGCUUUCGUGCGUUUUGGCUUAAAUGUACCGCCUGGGGUCGCUCGGGGCAUCGCGCACGAGACCCUCACACGAGGAGACGAGGUCUUUGAAGAGCCUGGCGAUGCUGUUCUUCUCUCGGAUGCCGUUUGCAGCGAGUGGGGCUGCCACGUUCCGCGCGAGAUCUUCGACCAAUGCGAUGCAAUCGGGCGUCAGCCAUAUAACGAGGUUUUGGAAUUCUUUCAGGAUUUCGACAACAUCCCGUCGAUCAACUGCAGCCCAGCGGAAUCCGAGCGAUAUCAGGAGAAAGUUACGGCCUUCAAGACCAUUCAGCUUGGUCGGAGGCUAACUUGCGAGAUGUUGCGAAAGUUCGACAUGCUGGAGGAGGAUGUGGAGAUGUGCCUGCCGCUGCGACGGUUGCGCGAAGACUGGUUGCUGAAAGGUAUCCAGGCGGCGCACGAAGCGGAUCCGACGGAUGCGACCAUGAAGCACAAAACCACCUGUGCGUGGACACUUGCCAGGGCUCCUGGUGAGCAAACAGACGCCCGGGUGGUGGCAAGCGGAACAUCUAUGGACGAGCCUAUCAGGUUUGUGGCGUGUGUCGUCGAGCAUCCACGUUCCAACGACGCAGAGUUUCAAGUGUUGAACAAAGCCGCAGACCAGCUCUUGAGGAGCCCUGCUGGUGCUGCCAGUGAGGCUACAUUGCGCUUCGACGUCAGUGAGAUUCCAUGUCUUUCGUGCAUGGGAGCUCUUCGACAAUUUCAGAAGUCCUUUCCUCGCGUUCGCAUGAGAGCUUCUUUCAGCAUACGCAAGGUCAUGGAAGUCUGCGAGGAUUGUUCGCACGACAUCGAUCGGCAAUUGGUGAUACCACCGCGACAGCCGACGGACCUGCCAAAGCCCACCACGGAGGAAGUGCUGGAAAAUCGUGGCCGUGGUCGGCCUGCCGUGGCCACACCGCAGGCCCCAAAUACCCUGCAGCGCCGGCACCUGCGGCGGCCGUUGGGAAUUCCAGCUGCCAAGGAGCUGUCGGCUCCACAAGUAGAAAGGGCAAAGCCGUACCCCUCUUCUGCGCGAGUCUUCGAGCCUGAUCCGGACACGGCGGCACAGGAGGCACCGCUUUCUCGUCCCGUUUCCGUAUAUGACCAGCUAAAGCGAAGAGACUGGGCGCAGGACUUCUGCUAG